CACACUUUCAGCACCUGCGACGUCGGAGAUCUCCCGAUUUGAUUGGAGGAAGGAUCAAGCGAGUGGAGCACACAGCCCAGCCACGAACUACUGUUGCGCCCUGAGCCGCAAGUGUUCUUCUGCUUUCUUCUAUGCUCUAUUGCCGGCGACGUCGCAGCCUUGUUGUUGUUGUUGCACUUGUUGCUGUUGCUGUGGCCGUGCUGUCAUUUCUCCUGGUUGCUGUCCUCUUCUCUCAGUCCCCUGCUUGGUACCACACUACCCCUCCUGAAUCGCCGCAUCGUCUCGGUCUCUCCUCAUCCCUUCCCACACCUUCUGCCACAAUGACCGUCAACGGCACGGAGAUGAUGAUGAUGCCAAUGUAUUUCAUGCUUGGCCACAAGACCACCAUCUUGUUCAAAGACUGGGAAACAAAGACCAUGGGCCAGUACGUUGGCUCGUGCGUUGGGGUGCUCAUCCUCGCUAUCAUCUAUGAGUGGGGCAAGAUCCUCCGUGCUGAUCUUGACAUGUGGAUCUCCCGUCGCAUCGCACCAAAGCCCUGCUGCAUGAGCCUCAUCAACAGCAGUACCCACCAGCCCAACAGCCACCACUCCCCUCCCGCCGCUCCAGACUGCGUGCCGUGGCACUACCAACUGCUGCGAACCGUGUGCCACAUUGUCCACUUUACGCUCGCCUACUUCCUGAUGCUGAUUGCCAUGACCUACUCCGUGGGGCUCUUCGUGUCCAUGGUACUGGGUAGCGGCGUCGGUUACUUCCUCUUCAUGCGCAGAAACAUCUGCAAGGCGCAAGACAAUGUCGAGACUGUCAGCUCGUGCCACUGAUCCCCGCCCCCCCCCCCUGCGUCUCGUGGGUGGUUGGUGGUGCGUG